AAGGUAGCACCAUUCACGAAGAGUGCCGUGUCGAGCAUCUCUUCCCCUAUGCGGCCUUCUUCAACUAGCCUUGUCAUGGCGGUAAGUUACUUUUUCUGAUCCAAGAAAAGAUGACGUGUACUCCAUCGAUAUCAGUCGAAAUGUAGAAGCUAUGAAAAUGAUGCAUCAUGAAUUUCGGAUCAAUCUCUGCAAUUUUUUGUUCGUUCUUGASAAUUCUAUCGAUAAGUUGUCCGUCGCAGUCCUUUCUUUGCUAAUACAUUAUCACUAUUGUUAUUUGUUGACAGGUCGAGGCAGCUAGUGAAGAUGCCGGUGCUGGCGGAGAAAAGAGUUUGGGGAAAAAGAUUUUUGAUACCUAUGUUCGGGUUGCUGAUGUUGCCACCACUCUGUUUCCUCUCUGGACUGUUCUUUUCUCUGUUGCCGCCAUUAAGACGCCCCAAUCAUUCGCUUGGUUCACGACCGAAUAUUUUACUGCUGCAUUAGCCGCUCUGAUGCUUUCAAUGGGUAUCACCUUGACCCCUCAAGACUUUCUUGAUGUCAUGAAGGAACCAAUUUCCGUCGCGAUGCAGUUUUCUCUGUGCUAUGCAAUGAUGCCAGCUCUAGCUUUGGGAUUGGGAAAAGCUUUCGCAUUGGACCCUGCCAUGUUAGCGGGUAUGGUUUUGGUCGGUAGUAUCAACGGAGGGCAAGCUUCAAAUCUCUGCACAUACAUUGCUCGUGGUAAUGUUGCUCUCUCUGUCCUCAUGACAACCGCCACAACCUUGGGUGCCAUUUUCAUGACUCCUCUCAUUUGCAAGGCUGUUCUGGGUACCGUCGUCCCUGUCGAUGCAGUUGGAAUCGCAAUGUCUACUAUCCAGGUUGUUUUGGCACCCAUUGCCAUUGGUAUGACCACCAACAAAUUCUUCCCUAAUUUCGUGAAGMAAAUCUUGCCGAUCACCCCUGUCGUUGGAGUUUUGUCAACGUGUCUAUUGGUGGCUAGUGCAGUCGCUCAAGUCUCGGAACCUAUUAUGAAUGCUGGAUUGCAAUUGCAGGUAAGUGGCUAAUGUCUCGCUGUUCUGACAUUUCUAUUUAAUAGUAUCGCGUCUUAACUUUAAUUUUUGCAUCUUUCUCUGCAGACGCCUGUCUUUCUCUUGCACUUGUUAGGUGGACUUGUUGGGUACUUCUUGCCGAAACUAACUGGAUUCUCUGAGGUCAAAUCCCGUACCAUGGCCAUCGAAACUUCAAUGAAGUCUUCUGCCUUCGGGUUUUUGUUGGCGAAACUUCACUUCGGUCAAUACGCAGCUCGUGUGCCCAGUGCCGUCAGUGUCGUAUGGAUGGCCUUGACAGGUAGUUUGCUUGCUGUCGUUUGGAGAUACAUUCCUGUCGGCGAUGAGGAAUAAAUCUGCAAGCAACGCAAUUAGCGGUUUCAACCUGCCCGGGAGCAAUUUACCAUCAGUUUUUGAAUUCUUAAAAUAGAUUAAUCUUGGUUAU